AUGGAAGACAUCUUGGUUCGUCUCGAAAACCCAGAAGAUCUUAAAACUUUUCAACUCCCAACCGUUCCCGCCGAUCAGGUUCUCAACGUAAUUGAAGAAAAAUAUCAAGAAUACAUUAAUAAUCCAAAUGUAACUCUCGAAGAUACGGCAAAAACACUUUCAAUAGGAAAAGAACGUUUGAAAAAAAUUUUCGUACUACUCGGCUAUCCAAUAAAAGAAAGAGGAAGACCAAAGAAAAAAUUUUUAAUUAAAUCCGAACAAUCUUACAUAUGCAGCUGA